CUCUUCGUUUCCCCAACCUCCUUGUCCAUCUAAACCUGGCGAUUAGCCUUAAGAAUAGGAGACCUUUGACCUCGAACCUCAGGAUGGAAUAGAUACUAUAAUCCGUUUCACAAUCAAAUCCCAUAACGAGAAGCGCGAGCUAGAGAUAGAGAGAGGGAGAGGGAGAGGGAGAGGGAGAGGGAGAGCAGAGGGUGGAGGAGAGGCCCAAAGCAAUGGUUGAUCCAGAUAAGUUCCGGUACUCCUUGUGUUCUCGUGGGCGCCUGCUCCAGGUGCUCAGGAAGUACUUCUCCAUCGUUCCGUGCUCCAGUUCUCCUCGCCGCACCUUCCCGGCUCCAGCUUUCUCGUGGAAGAGGGUGGCCGAGCUGCCCGUUGCGGCCAACAAGAGGCCCAACGUGUCCUCCGACCGUAAGGUCCACCCCGUUGAGGAUGAGAUUACCGGGCUGUUGGUUUCCGGCACCGACGGUGGUGUCGUUUUGAUCUCGAGCGAAUGCAAACAACCAGAUUCCGUAGUCGAACACGCCUCGUCUCUUUCCAAGGUGGGCGUGAAAGAAGAGAAGGUGCAGGAGAACAAAGAGCGUGAGGAGAAGUCCGAUCCCCCGGUGAUGAGAGUUGUGGAGAGUACGCUACCGAAGACGAGAAGAAGACCGGCGAGGAUUGUGAUACCGAAGCCUUCGGCUGAUACAGCUUUUAGUGUUGUGGGUGGGGAGCAGGAUGGGAUUCGAACGGAAUCGGAAGCCGAGGGUAGUGCUUACUGCGUGGUCAGUCGGAGAGGACAGAGGCACAGGAUGGAAGAUGGGUAUGGGGUCAUUCCCAACAUCCAUGGAGACGACAAGCAGGCCUUUUUCGGAGUGUUUGAUGGACACGGUGGACGUGCAGCUGUGGACUUCGUCUCUGAGAAGCUCGGGAAGAACAUUUUAACAGCUCUAGAAGAGCUACAGAAGGAAGAGAACCAAAUGGAGCUGGCCAUCAAAGAAGGCUUUUUGACCACGGACAGAGAAUUCCUAAGUCAGGGUGUGAGCAGUGGAGCAUGUGCAGUCACUGUGUUGCUAAAAGAUGGGGAGCUGCAUGCGGCCAAUGUGGGCGACUGCAGGGUGGUCAUUAGCAGGAAGGGAGUAGCAGAUGCUCUCACCGAUGACCACCGUGCCGGAAGAGAAGAUGAGCGCAAUCGUAUCGAAAACUCUGGGGGCUAUGUGACAUGCCGAAAUGGUAUGUGGAGAGUGCAGGACUCGCUAGCCGUGUCAAGAGCAAUUGGCGACAUGAACAUGAAGGAAUGGAUAAUUUCCGAGCCAGAGAUCAGGAAAAUCCACCUCACUACGGAUUGUGAAUCCCUAAUACUGGCCUCUGAUGGGUUGUGGGACAAAGUUACAAACCAGGAGGCGGUCGAUGUUGUCUCUAAGCACAGUUCCUCCAUGAAAUCCUGCAAAGAGCUCAUAGAAAUCUCCAACAAUAAGGGUAACAGGGAUGACAUUACAGUCAUGGUGAUCGACCUCCAGAAAUUUAUGCACUCACGUGGCUAGUAAAACCUUUUGUACGUGGAGGAUCACUCUUUCAUGGAUUAAACUUGAAGGCGACAGAUGACAUGGAGAAGAUGAUCUGGAGACACUCCAAGGAACGCAUUGCAGAUGCUAUGCUCACCGGAGAUAUCAAGAAAGUUCAGACUUGAGACGCAAAAAAGAUCAUAUAUUGAGGAGCAGAAUUAGGAGACACACGCAGAAGAUAUGGAGAAAGCCAGUGCUUGUGUGGA